UCUUCAGAGCGAAUUUUUUUGUGUUAAUAGAUCGAUUCAUUUGUCUUGAAUGAUAUAUUGUUAUUACAUUAGAUAUAUAAUAUCUAGAAUACGAUAUCGGCAAAAUUAGAAAUGGUUUUAAUUUAACGACAGCGACUACUACAAGCUAACUGUUCCCAUAAAACGUGUGUAUUUUAAUUUUUGCCACCUGCUGCAUGUCGCUCUAUGUGCCAUACUUAAAACUAAAAGAAAUAACAGMUGAUUUUAUAUUUAUUGGGAAGAGAAAUUUAUAAAAAAAAUUUGUGAAUGCGGCGCAUAUUUCAUACGUUUUUAAGUGUUAUGUCAAAGAAUAAAAACAAAAAGUCUGCUACCGUUGUUGCUGUAGAUGAGAAGAAACCAAGUAGUGGUCCUGUGCAGUUGGACAAAAGCGGAAACAUUUGCAUUCGAAUCCUCGCUAAACCAGGGGCCAAAAUGAAUGGCAUUACGGAUAUAGGAAAUGAAGGAGUUGGAAUACAAAUAGCAGCACCGCCCACAGAAGGAGAAGCGAACGCAGAACUUGUGAAAUACCUGUCCAAACUUUUAGGAUUACGCAAAAGUGACGUAUCGCUGGAUAAGGGAUCUCGGUCACGGAAUAAAUUAGUAAUGAUUAGUAAAGGAGUUACGACAUUGGAAAAUGUAAACAAAGCAUUAAAAAGAGAAUGCGAGACAUAGAACGUAAAAUGUUUAUGUUAAGAAUCAUUUAAUAUACAUACAUAUACUUCAUCAUUGGAGUUACAAUCACUGUCAUAGGCAUCGUCUUUAAUCCAACCAAACAGAAAGUAUCCAAUUGUAAGACCUAACAGAAUUGAUAGGCACAGCCAGUAAUUGAAACUCAUAAAUAUCAACAUUAGUAGCAUUGAUAACAUAACUUGAAAUAAGAACAAUAAGAUAUCUUUUCAAGUUCCCUACGAAGAAGGAACUGUCGCCAAAACUUGACACCUUCAUACAAGAAUGCCAAAAGGAAAAUAGCAAACGCAGACAAUGAAAAUUCUAAAAUUGUUCUUGCAGUCCAACUCUUCCAGAGAAUUUGCUCGCAAUGCCCACCAUGAAACUGAAAAUAAGGCCAGCAAAUAAGCAUUGUAGUAUUACACAAAUAAUAUCAACUUACGAGCAUCAUAUGCGGGCAAGAAACUUCCAUUUUAUCGUGAUGACCUUCGGACAUCUUAACUAUACUCCUAGCUUUCAGUAUAGAUAAACAAAAUUGAAUAUUUUUGAUUAAACUAUUGUUAUUAAUUAAAAGAAAUGCA